GGAAAACGCGUCUGUUGCCAACGCAUUUCCAACCGUCAAAUCUCCUCGUACGAGUCUGUCAUUUUUCGAGAAAAUAUUUUCUUUUAUUAUUCUACGAGUGAACUGGACGUUCUGUGAUAAUUCCCCAAAUAUCAAGAGGAGCUCUGCAAUAAUGAAGUCAUCUCGUCCAAAGCCUCCGCUGUCAGCGCGAAAACCAGCUCGCCCUCGUUUUCAAGUUCCUCACUCAAAAGAUCCAGUCCAGGUAUAUUGCAGAGUACGUCCCGUGCAGAGUCCUUCGGACAUCUCCUGCAUGAAUGUAAUCUCCCCAACGACAAUUCUGAUAACGCCUCCAGAAUCCUCCACGAAUUUUCGCUCGACCACAAAAGAAAUCCAGACAGUUUUCACAAAAGUCUUCACACCAGACAUCAGUCAACAAGAAAUCUUCAGCGACGUGGCCCUUCCCCUCGUGGAGAACCUCAUCGCCUCGAAAAAUGCACUGCUCUUCACCUACGGUGUAACAGGCUCAGGCAAGACCUUCACGAUGACAGGAGAGAAUGGUAACUCUGGCAUAAUGCCCAGAUGCCUGGACGUCCUCUUCAACAGCAUCUCCUCGUAUCAAGCCAAGAAAUUUGUCUUCAAGCCUGACCCAUUCAACUCGUUCGAGGUCCAAAGUGAAACAGACGCCAUGCUAGAUCGACAGUCAGAGCUGCAUGCAGGUCUGACGACCCCCAGACCCCAGAAAACGAAAUACAGACGUCAGGACAGUGAUACAGACAGCAACCCCCCACUUCCUCGGUCUCCAGACGAAUCUCAUUCACUUCCUGUGGAUGAGGACAGCGUCUACGCUGUUUUCAUAAGUUACGUUGAGAUAUACAAUAAUUCCGUGUACGAUCUCCUGGACGAGGAGGAGCCUAAGGGGAAGACUCUGCAGUCAAAAAUACUCAGGGAGGAUGGCAACAAGAACAUGUACGUUCACAUGGUGACGCAGAUCGAGGUGAAGAGCUCUGAGGAUGCCUUCGAGGCGUUCAGGAGAGGUCAGAGAAAGAGGAGAGUGGCUCAUACUGCACUUAAUGCUGAAUCCUCGAGGUCUCACUCGGUUUUCACAAUUAGACUGGUUCAAGGACCCCUGGACAGCCAGGGAGAAAACGUUGUCGAUGAUAAGAGAUUGAUUUCUAUAUCUCAGCUGUCUCUGGUGGAUCUGGCUGGCUCAGAAAGGACCAACCGGACCAAGAACACUGGACAACGUCUCAGGGAGGCUGGCAACAUCAAUAAUUCGUUGAUGACGCUUAGAUCUUGCCUGGAGAUCCUCCGGGAAAAUCAGACCUCUGGAUCGAACAAGAUUGUCCCAUACAGGGACUCAAAACUCACACACCUCUUCAAGAAUUAUUUCGAUGGAGAGGGCAGAGUCAGGAUGAUUGUGUGCGUUAAUCCACGGUCCGAUGAUUAUGAUGAGACAAUUCAGGUGAUGAAGUUCGCUGAGAUGACGCAGGAGGUUCAGGUUGCUCGCCCCACUGUACCCAAGAUCGAGCUUGGGUUUACACCGGGGAGGAGACAGGCUAAUAAAAUAUUCAAGGAGGCUAGGAGCCGAUUGGAGAAUAUGGGGAGACCUGAGGCUGCGAAUAUCGAUCUUGACUUGGGGCUUGUUUAUUCACUGGGUGGACCCUUUCCUCCUCUGGAGGUCAAUAAUCCCCAUCAGGACGAGAUAAUUACAACUCUCAUGAGAUUUUUGGAGCACAGAAUUGCCAGGAGGAAUUUGCUCAGUUCUGAUCUAGAGACCAAGCAGAACGACUUCAGGAAGAUGCUGCAUGGUCUCGAACAGGAGAAUAUGACAUUCAAGGUUGAGAAUGCCUCGCUGAAGGCAGCAAACUGUCAGCAGAAGAAGAAACUUACUACCCUCGAGGAACAUGUGUACAAAACUGAGAGUCAGAUUGACAGUCUCCUGAGAAAACUCAAUACUGCUAAUGAGACAAUUACAAAGCUGCAGGUGGAGUUGAAAGACAAAGAUGUAUGUCUCAAUCAGAGGCUCAUUGAGAAGCAAAAAGUGAAGCAGAGGUUCAAUACAAAAAUGCAGCAGGAGACGGAUAAAAUGAAUAAAGAGCUUGAGAUAAAAUUGAGACAGCAGAGGCUCAGGAUGCAGAGCCAGACGAAAGCCACUGAGGAUAGGCUGAGGCUCGUCAAGAAAAUCCUCGACGAUGACGGGAAUAUUAUUGCGCCUGUGGAGAUGGAGAGGGAGGAGAGGAUACCUGAGACUGUCUCUGGGAAGAUUGCUGCUGCUGAUGGCAGAUCGAGGAGGGACAAAGUACCUGUGUCCAAUUUGAGACACAGGAGGAGUCAGAGUGCUGAUCGCUGGGUGGAUCACAGACCUGGGGCAUUGGUACCUAUUGGUACUGUUCUACAGCCUCUCAUGAGGAGGAGAAGAAGCAUCAGUAAACUCACGGAUCCCAAAGAGAUUACUGAUGGCGCCUCCAAGUAUUGUUUGAUCGCCCAGGAACAGGACACCGAUGGCGAACUGGAGACAAAACUUUAUAAGGGAGAUAUUGUGCCCACAAGUGGAGGAGGGGCUCAAGUCGUAUUCAAUGAUGUUGAGUGCCUUAAACAGAUGUCCCCAACUGCCAGGAGAAAGAGGAGUGGAGUCAACGGGGAUGAGAGAACAACUGAGGAGAAUGGCGAUAGUAAGAGACCCAGAGUUUUUAAUUAACUCACGAAUUCUUCAUUUUAUCGAUGGUUUUACCAUUAAUUAGUCCAUUAAUUUGUGCUUAACGACAUUUGAUAACUGUUUGUAAUAAUAUUUACAAAAAUAAAUUAAUCAUUAUUUAAUUCGUAAUUUCCUUUAUUAUCUUCAUGUCUUCUUUCAGUUUUUUUAUUCGUUAAUUACUAGAAUUCCUGGGCAGUCGAGCCGGAAUAUUAACGACUGAAUACUGAAUAUAUAUACAACAAUUUAUUUAUCUUACGACAUUUUUCGAAUUUUUAGUUUAUUGAAAGAAAUCUUUCGAUUUGGUUUUGUUUCAACUGUGUCUCCGUGGUUAUCGUGAAAAAUUGAGGGGUCGUAUUGUCGCUGAAGUAGUCCUUUAGUGGAGUAUAUCAUUUCAAUUGAAAUUUUUUUCAUUACUUCGUGUAAAUAGGUGAAAAAUAAAAAGACAGUUGUUGAUAUUUUCAUCUCUCUUUUUAACAGCAAAAAUAAUAGGACUCGCAACCGUUGAUAUGGAUAAGCAAAGAGUGAAUAAAGUUUUUCGUACAAAAAAGGUGGACGUUAGAAAAACAAAAAUGAUAAAAUUUCUUAAUUCAAUUUCUUAACUCUAGGACGCAAAAUAGAAACGAUUGAGCGUAUUUUCGCAUUUUUCCUUACAUCUGAAUAUUUUAUCAAUUAUUUUUCUGUGUUUUAAACACACAACCAAAUGUUGUCCUUGAAUUCUCCGGAUGAUAACAAUUUCGAAGAGAACAAUAGAAAAAAAAAAAUAAGAACUGCAAGAAGAAUUAAUUAGACGCGAAAUAAAAAUUGAGGACUAGAUAGUGUUUUCACAUUAACUCUUUAAAAAAUAAAUUUUAUAUUAAGUUGGGGCAUUUAUCGAUUUUACUUCUCAUGAAUUAUAAAAAAAUGAUUAUCGAUAAUAGCUAUGAUUAAUAGUUUCUUUUUUUUUCUCAAUAAUUUCAAAGGUCAUAACAUUAAUUCUUACUGUAUCAUUGAU